GGGAACGAAAAUAGAAUCAUGGUCGAGAUUGAAAACGUAAAUUCUAUCCUCGUAACCGAAACUAUUUACAAUUUUUAUUUUUUGAAUGGAAUGAGGUCCAAAACAUUUUCGAAUAAAACAAUCAAAGGAAAUCUUGAAAUUAUUGUAUCCAUUUCUUUGGGUUCUAUGUACGUAGAGCGAGCUAUUGUUACUGAUGCGACUUUGAAGAAUCAAGGGUAUUCUUGUUAUAAACCCGGUUUAAACCCAAUGAAAGACAAGGAAGUAAAUGCAAAACCUACGCCGUAUUCAUGCGAAAAAGUUGGUUGCCAAAAUGGGGUGUUAAUUUUUGAACGUUGUCCUAUGGUUAAUAUUGAAAAUGAUAAAGCUCCACCCGGAGAUAUAACAAAACCUUAUCCUUUUUGUUGUUAUGAUUUAUAA